UAAUGUAUCACCUCUUACAGGAAUCCCUCAUUUGGAGAACAGAGAGGCCGACUCAUUCGCACACGCACACACAUACCGUGAUGGAUGCACAGUGCCAGGCAUAUGCGGAAGCUUUAUGAGUAAGAAACUGAAAGAAGAGACGCACACCUCCGCGGUGUAAGCACCUCUCCUCACAUCACCUCAGGGUCAGCGGAGACAGGCUGCAGCACGCCGACCGACCGAGAAGGAUGGAGAGGUAGAAAGAGAGCAGGAGGGAGAGAAGCACAAGCGUGCAUAUGUGGAGAGGCAGACGCUCUGCAUUCACGCCCCCCUCUGAAGCCUCAUGACUCACGAGGGGUGAGCAGCAGCAUCACACCCACCCCUUCCCUCUCCAGUGCCAGGAAGAGCCGGCGAACCACGCGUCUCCAGAAGAAGGAAAACAGAGGAAGGAAAAAAGUUGGCCCACACGACUCCAGUGAUGUCACGAGCAUGUGACCCUGCUUCUCCAGUGACAGUGUUCUGAGGGAAAGAAAAAAGAUUUUUUAAAGGCUUGUGCCUCUUUGGGUUUGUGUGAAGGCUCCGCUCACCUCCUGAGCAACCACAGAACCGCAGAAAAGUUCGGCUCAGGAUUUUUGCACGGCGGCACGUAAAUGGUUAAGUGUCGCCGGUCAACUUCAGGAUUGAGGACCGCACCAACCAAGGCGUCAAGGGUCACCGAAAACCGCAGAGAAACGAAAUUUGGCCGACCAUGGCAUCCAACAGCCUCUUUAGUUCUGUGACCCCAUGUCAGCAGAACUUCUUCUGGGAUCCCAGCGCCGGCCGGAGGUUCAGUCCGCCGGUGUCGGUGAAGAUGACUGAUGUGAACCCGAGCGCAGGACAGCAGCAGCAGCAGGACAGCGCAGUGGUGCCAAGACUCCGCGCGCAAGAGAACCGCUCCAUGGCCGAGAUCAUCGCCGACCACCCCGCCGAACUGGUCCGGACCGACAGUCCGAACUUUCUCUGCUCGGUUUUGCCUUCUCAUUGGCGGUGUAAUAAAACGCUGCCGGUUGCGUUUAAGGUGGUGGCCCUGGGAGAGGUUUCUGAUGGGACAGUGGUCACAGUAAUGGCUGGGAAUGAUGAGAAUUAUUCAGCUGAGCUCAGAAAUGCCUCAGGUGUUAUGAAGAACCAGGUGGCCCGCUUCAAUGACCUGCGCUUUGUGGGCCGAAGCGGAAGAGGGAAGAGCUUCACCCUGACGAUUACAGUAUUCACAAACCCACCGCAAGUGGCCACUUACCACAGAGCCAUUAAGGUCACGGUGGACGGACCGCGGGAGCCCCAGGAUAUGUUGAUUGCAGGGCACAGGCCGAAGUUGGAUGACUCGCCGAAGGCUGGACUGUUCUCUGACCGUCUGAGUGAACUGGAGCGUAUCCGGCAGACCACCAUGCGGGUUACUGUGCCAACGCAAACGCCACGGCCUUCGCUUAGCAGCCCCAACUCCUUCACACCUCAGGGGCAGACUCAGAUUACAGAUCCACGCCAGGCUCAGUCUUCCCCACCCUGGUCAUAUGACCAGACGUACCCGUCGUACCUGAGUCCCAUGGCCUCCCCAUCUGUGCACUCCACCACCCCGCUCUCGUCCAGCCGGGCCACGGGGCUGCCCUCCAUCAGCGAUGUGCCCAGACGCCUCCCAGGUUCGACAGAUUUGAGUCCUUUUCCUGGCCAGUUUGAGCGUCAGUUCCCUGCUUUCUCCUCACUCACCGAGAGCCGAUUUUCCAGUCCCAGAAUGCACUACCCAGCCACCUUCACGUACACGCCCACCCCCGUCACCACCGGCAUGUCACUUGGCAGCGCUCACUACCACACCUACCUUCCCCCGCCGUACCCCGGCUCCACCCAGAGCCAAAGCGGACCCUUCCAGAGCAGCAGCACACCUUAUCUCUACUACGGCGCCUCCUCGGGCUCCUACCAGUUCUCUAUGGUUCCAGGAGGAGACCGAUCGCCCACCCGGAUGAUGCCGCCUUGUACUAGCGCAUCCACGGGAACCAGCCUGGUCAACCCCAACCUCCCGGUCCAGGCCGAUGGAGGUGGGGGGGUGGAGGGAGAUGGAAGUCAUAGCAACUCCCCCACUCUUCUCAAUCCUGCUGGUAGAAUGGACGAAGGUGUGUGGCGGCCAUAUUGAACAGACAAUUACAUAAACGUGGAACCUUCAAACAAACAGCAUGGUUUUAAAGCACAAACCUUACUAGGAUGUUCAUCCUGUCUCGCUGAGCUACUUUCCCUCGCUAACAUGAGUAUUUAUGAGCCUGUUGAAAGGGAAGUAUUUUUUACAUUGGACUUUGUUGUUGUAAUACAUUAUUCUGGACCUUUUGACCUCUGGGAUUCAUUGUCAUAGGUGGGAUUAUUUGAAAUUGAAGGAAUAGAGAUGGAUCGAGUAUUUCAUUAGCAUUAUGUUAUUAUUUACUUGUCUUGGCAUGUUUUUAAUAUAUCAUUUAAAGCACUGAAAAAACAUCUGCAUGACAGUUUGUGAUCAAAUAUCUCUUUUUGUGCUUUUUUAACUUAAGCAUUUAAGUUAUACGUAUUUGAUAAAAGUAACUUAUAAAGCCAUAGAUUAAUUAAUGUAUUUGGAACUUGAGUCAUAGAGGGAAUAUUUUUGUAAAGCAUCUAUGUUCAAGUUAAUGCAACUAAUUUAGGGUAAUUUAAAUUUCUGUGCCUUAAUUGAUCACACAGAGUUGUAUGUUUAAGUCGAAUGCAUUUAAAACGAAAUAGGGUCUCUGUGUCUAAGUACACUACAUUUGUAAGCAGUUAAUAUUGCUUGAUGCUAAGUGCUUUUUCACUGUUUUAAAGCUUUAAACCAAAGAAACGGCCACGGAUGCCCAAAAGUGUUUGCCAAUGUACUAGAUCAAGCUUUCUUUGAGGAGCGUGCAUGUGCUGGGAUAAUUUAUUUAGCUUUUAUGUUGCUUAAUUAAAUGUGGCUGGGAAAGGUUUCCAGUGGGGGACAUUGAAGUUUCUGGAUGUAUCGUACACGGAUAUUCUUUUCCUGAUAACUGGAGCAAU